AUCCUUACAACUUAAUUUCUUCAACCAAUGAAUGAAUGUCUAAUGAGAAACAUGAUGAACGAAAGAAGGGGAGAGAAAACGAGAAGCGAAAAACGAAAUGCAGCCGACAUAAGAAUAUGAACAUACGAGAGCUUGUCACCCUCCUUUGUGCCAAUGAACCAAAUGUUGAAUCGACCAGAACAACUAAAUCGACCUACCAACCAUGCAAGCGCUCAACCAACACACAACAUUAGUCUUUUCUCUUCAAUUCAUCUUGGUGAUCAACAGGCACAAAGAAAAACUAGUUUUUUCAUUAUGGCUCGAACCUGGAAUUUUUUUUAUGUUUAUUCAGUAUGAUAUAUCAUACCUGUAGUUGUGUAUUGCUGUUGUUCGACCAUUGACAACAACAACAACAACAACAAGUUUUAUGGUCAAUUGUGCUCAUCAUCCAAAGUACAUGGAUUCAACGACCCUCAAAAUUGGAAUUUGAUUCUUAUUCUUCAUUCGGACAUUAUUUCUUCAUUUAGUCAAUCAUUGUGUUUUCGUUUGUGUUUGUGUGUGUGUUUAAAAAAUUUCAUCCAAUGAUUCUUCCUGUUCGUCAUCAUAUAUAAUGAUUAUAACCCUUUUGUUCAGCCGAAUGGAAUCGGAUUUUGUGUUUCACCGGAAUGAUUAGAAAUAUUGCAACACAAAUACAAAAGAAUUAAGAAAAAACAUCUCUCAUACAAAAUUGUGCAAUCCCAAUUAUCAUCCCACACUCAUCAUCAUUAAAGACAUCAUCUUCAGUGAACAGCGAUUGUUUUAGUGUUACACCAAUACCAUCGCCAUCAGCAUCAUUAUCGCCUUCGAAUACGAUAUACAAAAUGGCCGCAACCGAAAUCUGUAUCAAUAUGCAAGCUGGUUUGGUCAAAGAUUUGGUCAAAGUGGAUACAGCCGAAUUGACAUUAAAAACAUUGAAAGAAUAUGCUUGCAACUUUAUCGACCGAAAGUUUCCCGAUCAUGGUCUGAAUCGGCUAACCGAACGUUUACUAUUGUUUCGUCAUGAUUAUAGUUCGAAAAAUCUUUUAUUGCCAAUCAAUGUCGUAUCGGAAAUCACCGAAGGUUCGCUCAUCGAGAUUGUUGUCUCAGCCAAUCCACCAUCAGAUACGGUCCAGAUACGUCGACAUUCAUUAUUGAUACAUUCAUACAAAUCGCCAACAUUUUGUGAUUUCUGUGGCGAAAUGUUGUUUGGUCUGUUUCACCAAGGUCUCAAAUGCGAAGGCUGUGGCCUCAAUUAUCACAAACGUUGUGCAUACAAGAUUCCAAACAAUUGUUCAUAUGGCCGACGACGCCGUUCAUCAACUUAUCUGCCCUUACCCAACAGUCCCAAUGGAACGAAUGGCAUCAUGAUGGCCACUUGUUCUCCAUCACCGUCAACACCAUCGAUUGGUUAUGUCAGUCAAUUAUCAUCGGCAACCAUGUCAACCAUGUCUACCGUUUCGGAACAGAGUUACAUCGACAUUCAACGAACAGCAUCCUCAUCUGGUUCAUUGUCCACAAAUGAUGUGAAGUUUUUGUCGGCUUCCACAUCACCGAUUCGUGAAAGAUGUCGACAGCUUUCGAAUUCGACCAUUUGUUCCAAUACAUCGACAUCGACGAUCAUGACCACUGGUACUGGCGGCGGUGGUCUAUCCUCCAGUCUCGAUAGUAGCUCAGGUGGAUUGAACGGAACUGUAAGCGUUUCUGGACGACCAGCCUGGGUGGAUAAAAAAUUUGCCGAACGCAUACGUGUGCCUCACACGUUUGUGGUGCACACAUAUGCAAUACCUACCGUUUGUCAGCAUUGCCGAAAAUUGCUCAAAGGCUUCUAUCGACAAGGAUAUCAGUGUAAAGAUUGUAAAUUCAAUACACAUAGAAAAUGCAUGGAAAAAGUGCCACAAGAUUGUGCAGGUGAAGCGCCCAAAGAAUGGGAAAUGGAACAAUCAAAUCAAAUCGAUGAUUAUUUGGAUAAAAAUCAAAUUGAUUCCGACAAUGAAGAUCAUGGAUCAUCCAACGACAAUAAAACUGUAUCAAACAAUAAAAAAGGGACAAAUUAUGAUUCCAACGAUUCGAAAGAUGAUGAAGAUAAUAGCAUCGAUUUGAAUGCCCAAAACAACAACAAUAACAACAACAACAACAACAACAAUAAUAACAAUAACAAUAAACAACGCAAUUGCAAAGGACAAACCGAUGAUGAUGAUGACGAUGAUCACGAUAAUCAUCGCCAACAGCAACAUGCCAAUAACAAUAGUGGCAGUGACGAUGACAAUCAUAAAAUCAAUCGAAUCGUCAGCGAAACCAGUAGUAGCAAUAUACCAUUGAUGCGUAUUGUGCAGAGUGUUAAGCACAUAAAACGUCGUCCAUCAAAAGUGUUAAAGGAAGGAUGGAUCGUUCAUUACACCGAUAAAGACCGUACGAAACGCAAUCAUUACUGGCGUUUGGAUACCAAGGGUAUCACCAUGUUUCAGAAUGAAUCGACGGCCAAAUAUUAUAAAGAGAUACCGUUACAAGAUAUAUUACAUAUCGAUUCAGACAAGUGUUCAUUACCCGAUGAUCAUCAAUCAUCGACAACCAUGGGUUAUAAAUUUGAGCUUAAAACACAGAAUGUGACCUACUUUGUAUGUGAACCAGAUGAUGAACGAUCACGGUCAUGGGAACUGGCCAUACGACAAGGUUUGAUGCCUGUCCUGUCGCCGAACGAGAAUGGUUCGAUGGUUGAUUCAAAACAACAACAGACCAAGCAUUCGAAUCAAUCAAGCGCACAAACACAUGGCAAUCACGGUAGCGGUGGUCAUGCCUUGACCAUAGCCACUAAUGAUGAGAAUCGUAAUCAGAACGCGGACAUUUCUCAGCAAUAUCAGAUCAUUAUCGAUGAAAUGUUGGGUGCUGGCCAAUUCGGCACCGUUUAUGGGGGAGUACAUCGUACUAGUCGGCGAGAAGUGGCCAUCAAAGUGAUCGAUAAACGUCGUUUUCCGACCAAACAAGAAGCACAGCUCAAAAAUGAAGUAUCCAUUUUGCAAACGAUUUCACAUCCGGGCGUAGUGCAUCUGGAGAAAAUGUUUGAAAACCAUGAACGAAUAUUCGUCAUCAUGGAGAAAUUGAGUGGCGAUAUGCUUGAAAUGAUUCUUAGCGGUGAGAAUGGCCGUCUCAACGAACGAGUUACCAAAUUUCUCAUCUAUCAGAUUCUUGUGGCACUUCGUUAUCUUCAUGCACAAAACAUUUGUCACUGUGAUCUUAAACCGGAAAAUGUUUUGCUUUCAUCAAACAGCAGCUUUCCACAGGUUAAAUUAUGCGAUUUUGGAUUCGCCCGUAUUAUUGGUGAGAAAUCGUUUCGUCGUAGUGUGGUCGGAACACCGGCCUAUCUAGCUCCCGAAGUGCUUCGAAACAAGGGCUACAAUCGUUCAUUGGAUAUGUGGUCGGUUGGUGUCAUAAUCUAUGUGAGUCUUUCCGGCACAUUCCCGUUCAAUGAAGAAGAAGACAUUCAAGAUCAGAUUACUAAUGCUGCUUUCAUGUACCCGCCUGAUAUUUGGAGAGACAUAUCACCUAAAGCGAUUGAUCUCAUCGGCAAUUUACUACAAGUGAAAAGUCGCAAACGUUACACGGUGGAUAAAUCAUUAGCUCAUCCAUGGCUAGAUGAUUAUUAUGUUUGGUGUGAUCUACGGCGAUUAGAGAAACAAACGUCAACAAGAUGGCUUACACAUGAAUCGGACGAAGAACGUUGGGAGCAAUAUAGACUCAAACAAAGAAUGCCAGAGAAUGAUUUUGGUCCGAUCAUUACGGGUCAUCAUGAUGAUGAUGAUGAUGAUGAUGUCGAUACACCGAAUGAAGAAGAGAAUCGUGAUAAAUUCAUCACAAUCACCAACACUGAUUCAUUCAGACGACGUACUAAUUACAGCAGCAGCAGCAACAGCAACAAUAAUAAUAACAACAAUGGCAAGGAUUAUGGCCACCAGCAUCAGCAUCACCAUCCCCGCCAUCAUCAUCAUCACAAUCCGAAUAAAUCGAAUGGCAAUGGACAUGCAUUUAACCACAAUAAUGCCAUCAUUAUCAACAACAAUAAUAAUGAUGAUUCGACAGCCAAUUUGGAACAGAUUUAUAACAGCAAAAGUAACACGACCAGCCGUUUGUGAUUCAUUCAUAUUCAUCAUUUCAGACAAGCAAUUAUAAAUCUAAAAGAUAUUCUUAUUCAUAUUUAUAUUGGUUCAAUUGUUUUUUCUCAUUUCUGCUGCUUCAUUUUAUCGAAUUUUUGUAACGUGCCUCAAAUAAAAAUGAACUCGAGAUAACGAA